CGGAGCUGGGGGGAGACUCGGGACUGGCCUGAAACCAGAGACCAGGAUGGGCCACUCGCCACAGAACAAGGAUGGAGGAUGCAGUGACACUGGCCAUGGACAAGCCAGCAGGCCUGCAGGUGGACUACGUCUUCCGGGGCGUGGAGCAUGCUGUGCGCGUGAUGGUGUCCGGGCAGGUGCUGGAGCUGGAGGUGGAGGACCGGAUGACCGCCGACCAGUGGCGGGGCGAGUUCGAUGCCAGCUUCAUCGAAGAUUUGACUCACAAGACAGGGAACUUCAAACAGUUCAACAUCUUCUGUAACAUGCUGGAGUCGGCCCUCAUGCAGAGCAGUGAGUCAGUCACCCUCGACCUGCUGACCUACACGGACCUGGAGUCCCUGCGGAACCGCAAGAUAGGUCGCCCAGGCCCCCUGGCCUCCAGAUCAGCCCAGCUCAACUCCAAGCGCUACCUGAUCCUCAUCUACUCCGUGGAGUUUGACAGGAUUCACUACCCGCUGCCCCUCCCGUACCAGGGCAAGCCGGACCCCGUGGUCCUUCAGGGUAUCAUCCGCUCGCUGAAGGAGGAGCUGGGCCGCCUGAGAGGGCUGAAUGGCCAGGACGCUCGGGACACACGGGAGACUGAGAUCUGGCACCUGCGGGAGCAGGUGUCCCGCCUGUCCUCUGAGAAGCGCGAGCUGGAGACCCAGCUGGGCCGAUCACGCGAGGAGGCGCUGGCCGGCAGGGCGGCGCGCCAGGAGGCCGAGUCUCUGCGCGGGCUUGUGCGCGGCCUGGAGCUGGAGCUGCGGCAAGAGCGCAGCGCGGAGACCCGCGGGCCGGGCCGCCGCAGCCAGGAAUGUCGCCGCCUGGCCAAGGAGCUCGAGGAAGUCAAGGCUUCGGAGCGAAGCCUGCGCGCGCGGCUCAAGACGCUGAACUCCGAGCUGGCCAUUUACAAGAGAGGGAGACGCACUCCGCCGGUGGCCGCGCCCCGGGCCCGGGAGGACCGGACUUCCACGUCCCGGGAGCGCUCCACGUCGCGCGGCCGCGGCGCCGCCCGCUCCUCUUCCCGGGAGAGCCGGGGGCGAGGCCGCCCCACCCGCCCUUCGCCCUCGCCCACAGGUGGUCGCGCGCCCCGUUUCGACCCGACGGCCUUCGUGAAGGCCAAGGAGAAGAAGCAGAGAGAGAUCAAAACGAAGCUGCAGCAGCGGAACCGGUUGGGCAGCGGAGGAAGCGGGGACGGGCCAUCCAUCUCCUGGUCUCGCCAGGCCCGCGGCCCGGCCGCCCUGACCGGCCGAGGGGAUGCGCCCAAUCGCUCCCGGAACCGCAGCUCCUCGGUGGACAGUUUCCGCAGCCGCUGCUCGUCCGCCAGCUCCUGCAGCGAGUUUGAGGAUUUCUCCGAGUCCCUCCGUAGAGGCGUCCGCCGCCGCGGGAAGCCUCCCAGCCCCACCUGGACCCGCUCCAAUAUGAAGUCUACCCCCCUGGAACGCGGCCGCCAUCAGAGACGCCUGGCCAGUUCGGGGACCUGGGUCCCCAUGAAAGAGUACAGCUCCGACCACCAGGCGGCCGACAUGGCCGAGAUAGACGCCCGCUUGAAGGCCUUGCAGGAGUACAUGAAUCGGCUGGACACGCGGUCAUGACCUGGAGAGGGGGUGCUGCCCUUCCAUGCCCCCUCCACCAAUGGAUCCGCAGGAGGCGGGGCCUUGCAGGAGGCGGGGACUCCCUUCCAGCCCCGCCCAGGCCCCGCCCCCUCCUGGUGCUCCUGGUGUCUCAGGUGCUUGGCGCCAUGGCCCCGCCCCCUCCCCAGGUACUGCAUGCUGGAAGGGAGGGUAUUUGUGCUUUUUGUAAAUAAAUAUAUUUGCC